AGCCGAAGACGUCGGCUCGGUCAUGUGAUCAGCUGUGUCCAAUCACAGCUGAUCACAUGGGACAUGUACACAGAUCAUCAGAGCACUGAUGAUCAGUGUGCCCUGAUGAUCUGUGUAGCCCCAGCAGUGCCAGCUGUCAGUGCUCAUCCAUGCCACCUACCAGUGCCACAUCAAUGCCACAUAUCAGUGCCCAUCUGAGCUGCCUUUCAUUGCCACCUAUCAGUGCUGUUAAUCAGUGCCACCUGUCAGUGCCACCUAACAGUGCCAGUCAGUGCUGCCUAUCAGUGCCAUAUAUGAGUGCUGCCUUUCCGUGGCCAUCAGUGAUGCCUGUCAAUGCCCAUCAG